CUGACCAGGGGAAACAUCAUCCGUGUUCCAAAACCAGUGAGGGGCAACUGGACAAGUGUGUUUAAGUCCAUAUCUGUGAAAUGCACUGGAUUGUUUACUUUUGCAACCAUCUGUUUCUAAAGGACCUUCAUCAGCAGUUUCUUUGGACUCUGUAUGUGCGUUAACUAAACUUAUUCCACCAUUGUGUAAAAAAGUGCAUCUAAAAUGUUUUUAAACUACGCUUGAAGAAAGACAACUUUAGUUAAACAUUUGGGAAUUGUUGAAUAUUUGAGUGGACAGAGGGGUUUGUGGCGCUUCUCCCCUCAAGCUGCAAGUUAUUUCUAGGGAGGGUUAGGCAGUAAUUAAAAGAAUUCUAGGAGGCGUGCCGUGGUAGUGCCUCUUCUUUUGGUGAGAAAGUGGUUCCCUCCUCCCUGGACCUGCACCCGUGACAUCCAGAACCACAGAGAGACUGUUUGGACAUACACACAACUUCACAAGUGAAGGGAAUCCUCUGCACUCUAAAGAUGAGCCGUCUGCCUCUGCUAUUGGUGCUAAUUUCUACAUGCUGGGCUGAACAUCAUUCCAACAAUUCGAUAUUAGAACAUGACCGGACUAUCUUCAUCAAAGAGAAUGGACAUCGUUUGCAUGUGGAGGCAGCACAGACAAAAGUAAUCUCUUACCGAGGAGGCAAUGCCACAUUGCCUUGUAGAUAUAUACGUGACCCUUUUUCCACUGGACCCCAGAAAAUUCGUAUCAAAUGGACCAAGCUGACAUCAGAUUAUCUGAAAGAGAUAGAUGUUUUUGUUGCCAUGGGACACCAUAGGAGAAGUUAUGGGAACUACCAUGGUCGUGUAUUCCUGCAGGAGGGAGGCGAGAAUGAUGCUUCAGUUGUAAUAACAGAUAUUACUCUAGAUGACUACGGAAAGUACAAAUGUGAGGUGAUCGAAGGAUUGGAAGAUGGCGUUGUAAUUGUUUCUCUUGAUCUGCAAGGUGUUGUAUUUCCAUAUUUUCCUCGAAUGGGUCGCUACAAUAUGAACUUCAAUGAAGCCCAGAUGUCCUGCCAGGACCAAGAUGCCCAGAUUGCUUCCUUUGAUCAGCUCUAUGAUGCUUGGAGAGCAGGUCUGGACUGGUGUAAUGCAGGCUGGCUCAGUGAUGGCUCAGUACAGUAUCCCAUAACUGCUCCCAGGGAACCUUGUGGAGGAAAAAAUACUGUUGCUGGUGUCAGAAAUUAUGGAUAUCGUGACAAAGAUAAAAGCAGAUAUGACGUUUUCUGUUUUACAUCUAACUUUAAAGGUCGAUUUUAUUAUCUAAUAUACCCAAAUAAGCUGACUUACGAUGAAGCUCUCCAGGCCUGCCACAGUGAUGGAGCCCAGAUUGCAAAAGUUGGCCAGAUGUAUGCUGCCUGGAAACUGCUUGGCUAUGAUCGAUGUGAUGCAGGAUGGUUGGCAGAUGGUAGUGUGCGCUACCCAAUUUCCAGGCCAAGGAGACGUUGCAGCCCAAAUGAAGCAACAGUUCGAUUUGUUGGAUUCCCAGACAAAAAACAUAAGUUGUAUGGUGUCUAUUGUUUUAAACCAUAUAACUGAAUAUCUAUAGCACACAAGCAUAUCACAUUCAUUGAAAACAUGUGAAGGGUUUGUUUUCUGUAUCACAAACUCCUGCAUUUUUACCAAAACUGUGAUAUCCUUUUUUACUUACUGUAAAAGAAUCAUUUUCAUAUGCUCCAAGUCACUGUUUGUUUUUUGUAAUAGUAUUAUUCAAGUAAGUGUUAUAAAGUAAUAUAAAUGUAAAAUACACUCAUUAUAAGGAUGCAUUACAGCCAAAUGUGUUUAAGCUGCAUCAUUCCAAAACAGUAUAUUUUCCAUUUUCACAAAUAGCCGGAGCAUGCACAAGCUUACUGAUUGCUAUGAGUGAAUUUAAAGCACAUAAGGCUACUCAAAGCUACUUAAUUUUCCUCAGGCAUUUCUUCAUUGUAAAUGAAAAAGAAGUAAGAGUAUAUUCAUUACUGCAACUUUUUUUCCUUGCUGUUUUUCUUCUAGUAUUUUUUUCUUUUUUUAAUUUAUCAACACGUGAUAUAAUGCUUUGCAGGUAUGGCUUGUUUUUGAAAGUAUUGUAUGAAGAAUCUGGUUGUGAUUUUAUUAAUACUAUAUGUAGAAUGCAGUUGUUAUGAAUGCCUGAGUUAACUUCAUUUGAAUUUGCAUUCGAUGUCCCAGGGCAUGAGAUGUAAAAAGUAAAAGAUGGUGGAAUUUUUUCAUCAGUGAUUGCAAGUCAGCCCUUUUAGUAUGAAGAAAGACAAUAAUCUCAAUUGUAGGGACGUUUAUCACAACAUCAGCCUGUAAGAGAAGCAAGCGAGUUUGCUUUCCAUUGCUUACUGAUGAUAAUAAUUCAUUCUUCUUUUCAUUGUUUCAAAAAAGGUGCUUAAGACGAGUACUGUAACCGAUUAAGGCCACCCGACGCCUUUACUCACUUAUUCUGGCAACAAGGUGUGUCAGUAAUGAAUUGCACAAAAUCUGUUUAAGUAUCAUUGUUAAAACUAUAGAAACCUAUCAUCUCAGUAACUUCAAAAGGCUAAAUGCCUGAUAUCAAUUUACCUUUGAGUAGCUUUACAGGGAUUUUACUUUUUGUAAACUAAGAACCAUUUGCUAUGCAGCAUUUUUCAACUCAGGGCAGUUAUGUAAAUGAACUGCUGGACAGAAAAAUUCAGCUUGACUUUACUUUAAGCUUUUGAAAUGAUACUUUCUAAAUUAAAAAAAAUAUAUAUUAUUUUCUUUGUUUUCCAUGCAUUGUGCAUGCUUCAGAAUGACUAAGCUAGAAAUAUAAGUGCACAAAAACUGCUACUAUAAAACUUGGUAAUAUAAACUACAGCUACAGAAGAGAAACAUGUUUUUCUAUAUGUGUACAUAUGAAAGUAUAAUUUUUAUCUUAUGUAAAAUUAUUCUUUCCCCAACAAACAAUAAAACAACAAAAAAAAUGAGAAUAAUGUUUACUA